AUGGCAGAAGCACUAUGGGCGUAUCGUUCAACUUUCAAAACGCCAACCAAAGCCACUCCUUACUCUCUGGUCUUCGGAGUUGAAGCUGUACUGCCACUAGAAGUUGAGCUCCCAUCCCUUCGAGUUGUUAUCCAAAAUGAGCUUACUCAAGAACAAAAUGCUCGCCUCAGAAUGGAAGAGCUCGAUGCACUCGAUGAAAUCAGGUUACAAGCUCAGCAGAACCUGGAGAUCUACCGAGCAAGGAUGACAAAAUCCUUUGAUCGAAUGAAGGACCUUUCGUCAUCGAAAAGGUAUUUCAAGGAGGAGCUUAUCAACUGA